AUGUCGAUCCACUCCGGUGAUUACGUCAUCCUCGUGGAUGAUGAGAUCAACAGCGUGACGAAGAAAGGCUUCGUGAAAAUUUUCACGAGUAAAAGUUCCUUCCGUCAAUUUCCAUCCCAAGAACCCGUGAACGUCGAGUGCCGCCAGCACCGAUAG